CUUCCCGCUGUCAAUUUCGUCCGGAUAGGGCGCACGAUUAGCGGCGCCAGCGACGGCCAUCGAAGCUGGGCCACCCACCUGUCCUCGUAGGCCCAGUUCUACUACGCGAGUGCAGUGCUGAGAAACAAGUGCGCGGUUGCAUAAUAGGUUGCAUAUUGACAACUUAUCGACAAGAUGUGUGUGAAUCGAUGAUUGAACUUGUGCAUUGCUUCCUGUUGUUUUACAGCGGAACAGAAAUCAUUGAGUAGAGAUGCUGAAAGGUCGUGGUCGAGAUGGUAGGGCAGUGGCGAGCCCAGUGCCAGCGCAUCUGUCACGCCCGCUACCACAACAGCCGACGGCAUCCAAGUCAAUGGCUGCCGUGCCAUCCUCCACGAGGCUGACUCUAAGAACACCUACUGCCCAGAGGGCACCUCUGGCCAAACCCGAACCUGAUUACGAAGUGGUGGAAUUUCCUUCGGAACAAUAUGUUAAUGCUAAACUUCAACCGCCGCCGCCGCCGCCGCCUCGACCUCCAACUGGGCACCCGGUAGAUGCAGGUGCAUCGUGCGGCCUCUGCGGGGGUGGUGGUGCGCGCGUUCGUUGUACUGAAUGUGGCCGACGAGCACUUUGUGCUUCAUGUGACGAUAUGUACCACAGACAUCCCAAGCGGAGGCACCAUCAAAGACAGGCUUUGACUACGUCACAAAUGCGUGACGAACGUCCGCCGCUACCACCAAAAGCUACAGCACCUGUACCGCCACCUCGCCGACACAAGUUAAGCGGAGCAAGUCCUAGUCCCAGGCCAGUUGCAGAUCCUCGUAGUGCAACCUUAGGACCACACUCUCUGGCACACGGGCAAAAUACGGCAAUAACAGCGAAUAAUCAUAUAUCGACGUUACCUAAUCAGCAUGCACCAAUGCCAGCCCAUCUACAGGGCAAGUUCUUGGGCAGUAUGCCGUAUCUACCCAACUUGCAUCAGGCAGCCCCUGUACAGCCGCAGACCAAUGCUAUAGGGCCACUGGGGACCCCAUCUGGCUGGGGACGACCCCGAGGUUCCCUGCCUGGUUUCAAUAUGCCCUCUAAUAUGAUUCAACAAAUGCCAGCAGAAGCGUGGGAGAGUCCCGAGAACGUGCCUUCACAGAGCUGGGGCAGACCGUUGCGGAGGGGUGCAUCAGUACUGGAAUUGGGUGGGGGCGGGAUGAUGGGUGCGGGAAUGGGUGCGGGAAUGAAUGCGGGAAUGAGUGCGGGAUGCGCAGGGUGUGCGACGGCGUGGCGGUACGGCAGUUGCGCUAGUCUCGAUCACCCGUGGGCCGCGUGGACUCCGCCCGCUUGUUGUGGACACGCGCCCCCGCCACAUCAUGCGCACACGCACGUCCACGCGCCAUACACUCCACAGCCAUAUCGCAGGGCUGAGAGUAGAGCCGGUUCCCGCGCCGUGUCCCGCGCGUGUUCCCGCGCCGCGUCGCCCGCCAUGAGCGUGCGCUCGCGCACCUCCCGCCGCGUAAAGCACCGCACCCCCUCUCCACCGCCGACGCCCUCUAGCGACGCCGACUCGGAGACCGAGAGCGACGGAGACCGACGAGCAGGUAAUAGGCUAACAGGUAAUAAUAUAACAGAGAGAUAUUCGGAGAAACCGCAAACAGUCGAGCCGAGUGAGGAAGAUUCAUUAGGGCCCCCGCCAGCAGCGCCAUCUGCCUCGUGGCAAUGCGAACAUUGCACGUUCGUAAACGAACCAGGAGUACGUGUGUGCGUAGUCUGUUGCCGUACACCCACUGCCGCACCAAAAAUAAUCGUACAAACUGCUGACACUAGAAAUAAUGUCAAACAAAGGAAGGGCGACGCGCAGAGCAUUACUGAUAGCGCGAGAGCUAUCGCCGAUACCGCGAGGAGUAUCGCUCGAUUGGAUGUCAACGAACGGUCGACGGAUUCUUCGUCGCCUGCGCGGUCCAACGGAGAUAUCCGUGUUCAAAACGGCGUCACGGCAAAGACGAAAACUUUAUCGAAAAAAGAGCGCGUCUCCACCGGAUGCGGCCCUUCCCCUCCACGAGAGGAUGACACUAAAAAGAUGACAAACCGAUUAGUGACCCCAGCACGGGAAGCGAGCGUAGAGCCUUCUAGACACGACAUGGGCGUCGGUUCAUCGCCUCCUAAAGAUACUGAGAGUCGAAACAAACAUGACAUGUCAAACAGGACGUCACCGUACAGAGAACGCGUGAAAUAUGAAGCGCCGGUGCGUCACAGCGUAUCCGUUGGUCCGUCACCGCCCCGAGAAGAUUCUAGAAGGUCCCCUUCCGUUCAAAAAAAGUCCACUGGCACAUCCUCUCCUGGAGAGGUACGCCGUGAUACGCGACCGACCGCGUCCGUCCGCGCCAACGUAUCCAAUACCGGUACGUCUCCACCGCCGCAAAGUAUCUCCACGCAGACAUACGAAGUACCUAACUCGUGGGAAAGGGCGCCGUCAAGAUCUCGCGCUCGGCGAAGAUUCCGAGACGAUGCCCGCCGCGAACGUUCUCACAGCCGACAUUCACUAUCCAGCGACACUCGAGAGAGCGAGCGUAGUGCACGAACCAGUGGCGGGGGUGGUGGGGAUGUGCCCGGGCGGUGGGAGUGGCGCGAGGGGCGGGACAGUAGUCCGGUGGGGGAGUGGUCCGACAGCGAGCGGCGGCGCACGCGCACGAGGCACACGCGACUCGCACGCCGCGCCUCGCAUCUAGACUUGCAUCGCGUACGGGCACCUAACGAACGACGCGCCAGCUACUACGGCUCCGAGGCGGCAUCACCAGAACCGAUGCGAGCGAUGUCCCUAGAAGCACUAGCGGGCAGUAGCGCGGCGGCCGAGCGGGGCCUAGAGCUGGCGCGGCUGAUGAGCGAAGCCGAGCGGCUCGGGUUCAGCGCGGCCGAGGUGCAGGCGGCCUUAGCUCAGAGUCCAGCCGGCCCGCUCGCCUGGCUACGGGAGCGGUGGCCUAGUUUGUGCGCCGGUGUUCGAGCCGCCGCUGCUAGAUUAGAGCCGCGCGCUCUCGUAUCGGAAUUGGAAGCGCGCGCCGCUCUAGCGCGACACCGCGGCGCCAUGUGGCCCGCCGUCACUGACUGUGUGGAGCGGCACCGGCGACAGGCGGCGGCGCCGGCGGCGGUGACGGGUCGCGUGUGGGGCUCCCCGGCGGGCGCGGAGGACGACGCCGCGCCCCCCCGCCGCGCGGAAGGUAGCUCGGAUGAGUACGAUGGGCCGGCGCCGGAAUACCGAGACGACUGGAUGUACUUCCCGCUGGACGCUAACCCGAACGCUCACCCGACCGAUCCGUUCGAAGGCGCGAGGGAAGCGGCUUUAGCGGUGGAUCUCCUCGUUCAGGCGGCGACUUACUCUCCACAUGACGAUACGCUGUUACGAACUCUUUUGCCGCCCGACAAACAUCGAGCCGAUGCCGCGAUCGGUGACUUCAAACUGCCCAGCCUCGACUUAUCUCAAUCCGAAAACGAUUUUAUAGAAGCUUACAACGCUUUGACUAGAUCUACGCCUUUGCCCGUGCACGAACAGGAGCGAGCCGCCGAUUCGGGUCCUAAACGCGAUACGUAUGACGUGUUCGGCAAUGAUUCCCGUUCAUAUUUAACCGAUAUGACAGCGGACCGACCAUCGAAUAGAAUUAAGAAUGUCAUUCAUGAUCAUCACCAAAAUAAUAACGAGAGUCAGCGACAAGAAAGACUCGAAGCUUUUUCGACAAAUGCCCAAACGUCCAAAUUUACUUCUGAUACUUUGAGCAAUGGACUUACUAAUACGUUUGAUAAUCAUCAAGACAAUAAAGAAACACCACAAGAAGAAAACUCCAAAAAUGUUAUUGACAAUAAAGAAAUAAAUCGAUUACCAUCCAUAUAUGACACUAGUAAUGUUACAAAUUACGGACAAACUUUACACACCGUAAAUAUUUCAAAUGAUCAAAACAUGAAUAUAUCAGUUGUACAAAAUCCGACACAAAAGACCCACGAGAAAAUUCUCUCUAAUAAUGCUACUUUGUCGGAACCAGCAACCACUCCAACUACUACAGAAAUACGUCCACAUAUGGAAGACAUCUAUGAACAUAAAUCAAUUCUAACAGUAGAUGAAGAAAAAUCAAGCAAUUUAAAUGAAAUAGUCGACAAUACUCAAAGAUUAAUACAGCAAAUGAAAGAAGAAAUAAAUUCUGAUAUAAAUUCUAUAGACAGUAGAAAUAUAUCUCAAAGUGAAAAUGAUACUUCGGAAGAGUCUGAUAUAUCUACAGAACAUGAGUCAAGCUACAGUGAAACGGAAGAUAAUACGGAUGAUAUGUCUUCAAAUGAUGAGUCUUCUGUUACAGAUAGCGAAGGAAAACAAAUAUCUGAAAGACGUCCUACUGUAGUUCAAAGGACUAGUUCUGAAGAAAAUGAUCACUUCGAAGAAGCAAUGGAUCAUAUUGAAGACCAAAUUGAAGAUUUUAAACAUACAAAUAUAGAAAUAUUAGAUUCAAUCGCUCGUAGCUUACAAGAAGAGAAUAGUAUGUCUAUAGAAAUAAAUCAACAAAAAACUACUAAUGUCAGAGAAGAAGAUCGAAAUAACAACAUAUUCAAUAAAGUAAACAGUUUUGAUGAAAUUUAUGCUGAAUUAAAUACUUCUGAUGAUAAAAAAAAUAAUAUUACAAAUGAUGCAAGUGAUAACAAUGACCUGAAGGAAACUAUCAAUAUUAGUAACAUUCAAGAGAAUAUUGUAACAAAUAACAGUGCUGAGAUACCAGUUCAAAGGACGAUUGUCCAUUUUCCGAAGUUUGAAAUAGUGAUUUCAAGCUUAGAACCGCUCACUUCAACAAAACUUGUUAUUUCCGAUAGUAAUUUAAACACUCAUAAUGCGAUAAUUGAUAUCAUAGAAGACACUAAUAUUACAAACGAAAUUCCAGAAAAUAAUGUAUUAGAUAAAGAAAACAUAUCAUCGGAAAGCUCGUCUGAUACAGAAGUAAAUAUUGAUAAUGAAACCACUCACUUAUCUUUUACUUAUACUGAUCUAGACUUAGAAAUAGACCAAAUAAAUAUUCAACCGAUAGAAGCCAUACAUUUAAAUGAAGAAAUCCACAGUAAAUCUGAAAAUGUAUUUACGAACACUACACGUGAAACUAGUCCUACAGAUCCAACUCAUAGCGAGAAAAUUAAUCUUAUAGACAAAGAAAAUAAUAAUGAACAAGAAGAAAAUAUCAAUGGACACGAUGAAGAUCAUAUAGAUGAAGUUAGUGAGAAAACUAAUAAUGAAGUAUCUGAAUUUAAUACCAAUAUAAAUGCAGACCAAUCAUCUGUACAGAAUGUUUUAAAAUCAAGUAACAAUGUAGCAAACAAAACUCUGAAUUCAAUUAAAUCUAACAUACCUAAAUUGAUUAAAUUUGUUCAAAGCAACAAACAGAAGGCAGAUAAGACCUCCCCAAAGAUAAUAGCUUCUAAAGUGCCUGUACGUCGAACUUCACAAAAACAGCACCCCGCUCCAGCGCCGCCUAAAGCUCAUUUUGGAAAUAUUCAGAGCGGUCAUGUAAAACAAUUACAAUCGAAACUUUUCAAUAACAAAUUUCCAAAAACCGAAAUCAAUAUUCCCUCGACUGUGGAAGUUAAGCCUUCUACCUCUACGUUACAUAAAAAGAAACCUGCGCCGCCUCCUCCAACCCAAGAAACAAAACAACCAUCACCUGUUAAUAUGUCACCUCCCAGAGAGAAGAAAGAUAGCUUUUUCCGCGAGUCUUGCCGAACUGAAGAUGAAUGGACCGAUAGUGACUCAGAAGAAUCUCAAAUACAAAUUGUAAAGAAAAACGAAGAACCAGAACGGGUGCCCUCACCACCACCACCUUUGACAUUACGACGUGUAUCCGGUCAAAUCAUUGAUUUAGCAAAAGUGCAGCUUCCAGAAGGCUCACCAGAGCGGCAAGCGCGUAUGCUGCUAGCGCAAGGUGCUGCGGAGACGUGGGAACAGGCACGUUUAGCGGUGGAGCUGACGUCACGCGGGACGGCCGCGCCCGCUGCACUAGUAGCCGCGCUAGAAUGCGUGGACCUCUCCGCCGCACUCGCGUAUCUACAACAAGACUGCGAGCUGUGCGCCUCACGAUUGCCCGAACACGAGAUGGUAUCAAUGUUACGGUGUACGCAUCGCUGUUGCCGAGAAUGCGCUCGUCACUAUUUCACUGUGCAAAUAACCGAAAGAAGCAUUGCCGACUGCGUGUGCCCAUACUGUAAGAUACCCGAGCUCGAAAAUAUGCCCGAAGAUUCAUGGCUAGAGUACUUUGCCCACCUCGAUAUAUUACUCAAAACUUUACUAGAAGCAGAGGUCCACGAACUGUUCCAAAGAAAAUUACGAGACCGCACCCUCGCGCGCGAUCCAAACUUCAGAUGGUGCAUGGAAUGUUCUUCCGGAUUCUUCGUGCAUCCAAAACAAAAGAAAAUACGCUGUCCCGAGUGUCGAUCUGUCAGCUGCGCUAAAUGCAGAAAACCGUGGUCCGCAAAUCAUGAGGGUCUAACGUGCGAACAGUACACCGCCUGGUUGGAAGAUAACGACCCGGAACGUUCCGUGGCGGCCGUGCAGCAACACUUGCGCGAGAACGGCCUCGAAUGCCCGCGCUGCCACUUCAAAUACUCGCUAUCCAGGGGUGGUUGCAUGCACUUCACGUGUACUCAAUGCAAGUACGAGUUCUGCUACGGAUGUGGCAAACCGUUCACAAUGGGCGCACGCUGUGGCCUCAGCGAGUACUGUGCCAAGCUCGGUCUGCACGCUCAUCAUCCUCGCAACUGUCUGUUCUACCUUCGUGAUAAAGAGCCGCAUCAAUUACAAACUCUGCUACAGAUGAAUAACGUCCCGUACGAGACAGAAGUGCCGGAAGGUGGUAGUAACCGUUGUCCAAUACAACUGCAGCGAGAAACACCUACCGGCCUUGUGGACGGCAUAUGUGGAAGCGAAGCGCCGCCCAAACAUGCAGGCUUAUGCAAGAACCAUUACCUGGAGUACCUGUCGCGGGUGGUGCGCGCGCACAAGGUAGAUCCGCUGCCGCUGCUGGACGUCGACGACCUGGAGACUCUGGUGAGGCGAGCGGCGCUCCGCCCCCCGCCCCGCCCCUACGGCUCCCUCGACGGCCUCUACCGGCGCGGACUGAUCGAGAUCGUCAAAGAAAAGAUACCGCUGGACUAACCAUAUUUAUCAAGAUAUGACUGAAAAUAUGAACAUUGUCGAAAUACUUUCGAGUGAAUUUCUUGUAAUUUGAUAGAUACAUUAUUUACAUUUGUUAAGAUAUUCUAUGUAAACUAGAACUAAUUAUAACAU